ACUGAGGAGUGGCUGAGCGCAAACGCGAGAACAGCAGAGAGGGCGGCACAAAACGGCACACACGGCCACGGAAAAGACACAGAAACUAAACCGUGUGCGGAUAUUGAGCACCUAGACACGCUACAGACAGAUAACGCAUUACCCAGAUUACAACCAUUUAAAACAGAAGCUUCACAAGUCAGUGUUAUGGACUCGUGUAUGGAGAUAAAACUUGAUAAUAAUAAUAAAGCAGACAUUCAGAUUUCCUCCUUGGUAGAAGAGUUAGAUUUUCACCUUGACCACGGAGGGCACAACCAGACCUCAUUUCCAGACUUGCAGCCUUUACCAAACUCACAAAAUUUGAGAGUAUUUCUCAUUCCGCAUUCGCACUGCGACCCAGGCUGGCUGGAAACUUAUACUAAAUACUACGAGAAUAAAGUGCGAUAUAUAUUAUCUUGGUUGCACAUAUUUGCUAUGGAGCAUUCUGACUUUAAGUUCAUUUAUGCAGAGGUGUCGUUCUUCAAGUUGUGGUGGGAGGAGCAGGAUAUGGACGUUAGACUGGACAUGAGAAGGUUGGCACAGGAGGGUAGGUUUGAGUUUGUACAAGGAGGAUGGGUGCAGAAUGACGAAGCUAAUACGCAUUACUUUGCUAUUUUCAAUCAAAUGUUGGACGGUCACGACUGGUUAAAGAAGAACAUACCAGAGGCGAUGCCAAAGUCGGGUUGGGCCAUUGAUCCGUUUGGUUUGUCUCCUACAAUGGGCUAUGUUAACAAACUGUUCGGACUUACUGGAAUGCACAUCCAGAGGGUGCACUAUGCUGUUAAGAACCAUCUGGCACAAACUAAGAAUUUAGAUUUCAGAUGGAGGCAAUCCUGGGAUUCUGAAGGAACGACAGAUAUGCUAACUCACCUGGGCCCUUUCGUGUCGUACGGACAACAACACUCCUGCGGGCCUGACCCUGACGUUAGUAACAACUACUGUUUCAGGUUGUACAACGCUUAUAAGACCUGCACCGACCUGACAAUAUUAGCUAUACAGUAUCUGCUGAAAGAAAGAACCACUUUUUCCCCGACUAGCAGUCGACUUGCUUUCAACACGGUUGAAAAGUACGACGUUUUGGGGGGGCCCAGUGAGUUGGUCCUUGCUAACACUCUAUCCAGAGACGCACUCUCCUUAAUAAUUGUCGCCGUCAAUAACUCCCAGCAACUUCAAGUGACAGGUUUAGAGGGAGCAGUGUUACCACAACAGUCUGAGCCUCGUGUGGAAUACGGAGAGGUACACUACAAUUCUAAAUACCUGGUGUUCCUUGCUGACACGCCCUCUGUCUCUAUACAAACUUACAAAAUAGUGCCAGCGAGCUCCCCGAUCACAAGGGCAUCGCUAGACGUUUACAACUACGAGCUGGCACCUGAGUUUCACGACUCUUACCACAGCAGGAUCCACUCUGAGGCUCAUUGCAAAGAUAUUGUUCUCGGGACGAACAAACUCAGCAUUGUCUUGGACUGCAGGACGGGGCGGCUAUUACAACACUUGAAGGAAGGAGUGGUAACGAGAAUGGAGCAGGAGAUACUGCUGUACAACAAUACUGCUGGUGCUUACCUCUUCUUACCUAACGGCCCCCCUGCUCAACAGGUUGUAGAGACGUCUCGACCUCGAAUUGUGGUAAUGAAGGGACCUGUAAGACACAAGGCAGUUGUGAAGUAUGACAGAAACAUCGUCAUCAGCUACAUCGUGAACCUAUUGGGAGAUUAUGAAUAA